AAAUUCAUGUUAUAUUUCAUGCCCAAAUUUAACAUGCAUCUGUGGUGUUUGUGUGCAUGUGGUUUUAUCCACUGCCUUUGUCGCAUUGUAUUUUCAGCCUAUGGUGUGGUGUUCCAAGAUGCCCCUUUUGGCUUUUUUUAUUUUUAAUUGGUCUCUUGGGACAGCUUUCUGCUGCCCCCUGGCCCCUGAUCUACCUGCUUUCCCAGCAGGCAGCGCAGCCAAUCCAAUCUUCUCACACCUGCCUGAAACAGCUCCUGAUGGUCCUGUUUACAGGUGUGCUGAGGCUUCGCUUGGGACCGAGAAUCACACCGGGCAACAUUUAGGGAGUUCGAUGUUUAAAGUUAACGGCACACCAGUUGAACGACUACAGAGGAGCGGGAACACUGUUUUAGCGUAUUAUCACAAUAAUGGUGUGGACGUGAAGAUUUUUGGAGUCAAAGAAGGGGUUGGACAGAGAAUAGUACUGUUUAUUCAAGUGCCAUAAUGCACAUUAAGUUGUCAUUUUAAAGGGGAUAUUGUUCAGGGAACCAAAAGAAGUGCAUUCUUUCAGGAUAUCAACACGUCAGGUAAGAUCAUUUUAUGCUCAUGGGUCAAGCCAAUUCACUGAAUAGUUAUGUUAAGAGCAAUGUAUUUGUUUGCCAAGAUGAUCUAAAUCUGUUCUAAUUCCACAUUGUCUACUUGCAUCUAUUGUAAAUGUUUGUAAAAAGGUGCAUUUUAGGAUUGGAGAUGGAAGUAUCAACUGCAAGGAUAGUGUUAGAAAUAAACAUUAAUGAAGUAGUGUAAUGAAUAAGCAAGAACUCUAAAAAGGUCAUUGUUAUUUGAUGUGAUCCAUAUCCAUCCUUUUCCCCUCUGUCACAAGGGCAAUCAUGAUGUCACCAGAGGACAGCAGCACCCUGGAGGGCUUAUUGUAUGGCAGCCUCCAUGGUGACGAGGGGGAGGAGUCAGUGAACCAGGGGAGCAGACAAUUAGGAGAGGAUCAUUCAAAAGCCAGUUCUCCAGCUACAGGCUUAGUAGAGGAGCCGUUGGUGUGUGCCGGCUGCGAGGGACGUGUUUGCGACCGCUUUGUUCUAUUGGCUGCAGGGCGGGCGUGGCACGAGGCGUGUCUCCGCUGUAGCCAAUGCCAGUGUGAGCUCCAGACGCACCUCACACUCUACUGCCGUGACGGCAGCAUCUACUGUCAGCAGGACUACUGCAGGUUAUUCAGUGUGGGACGAUGUGCCCGCUGCUCCCAGCCAAUCCCGUCGUCAGCAAUGGUCAUGAGGUCUGGUGAUCUGACGUUUCACCCUGAAUGCUUUUCCUGCCAGGAGUGUGAUGUCACUUUGAUGCCUGGAAACCUAUACAGUCAACACGGGCAGAGCCUGUACUGUCAAUCACAUUACCAUGAUGACAGCAGUGCGCCACCCUCUCACAAGCUCCACCUCAAGCAGAGAGAAGGAGAAGGGGAGGAGUCUGUCAGCAGCCCUGAGCCACGACUGGAGGAUGGUGUUACAGGUGGCCGGGCCCGCAGGCGGACUAAGCGAAUAAGAACAUGUUUCCGCAGCGAACAGUUGAGAGCCAUGGAGUCCUAUUUUGCCCUGAAACACAACCCUGAUGGCAAGGAUUGGAGCUGUCUGUCUCACAGGACCGGUCUGCCCAAGAGAGUGCUUCAGGUGUGGUUCCAGAAUGCAAGGGCCAAGCUGAGGCGUUCCCUCUCAGCCGACGAGUCGCAGAGCAACUCACCCGCCCCGCAGAGGUUUGACACCAUGGCUACAGCCUCCCCGUCCCUAGUGACCUCCCACCAGUCCUUCCAGACAAGCACCAUCGACCAACUGGAGCUCUCGCUGCUCAUUGCCCCUCUCAGUGACCCGCCCCAAAGCCCCGCCGACCAAUCAACAGGCUUUAAAGACUCGUUCUUCCUGGACUACAAUCCCCAGGGUGCACCAAGGCUCUCCCCUUUGAUGAUCUAUGAUUUUGGGGAGUCUGGAUUGGGGAGAGAAGGAGAUUCUGACACUGUACUUCAACCAUAUUAUUGACCAUGUUUACAUUAUUCUGGUGAGCACUACGCUAUUUAGUCUUCCAGGACAACAAGUUAUGACAGAAGAGAAGCUACAAGUGUCUAACUAUAAUUGACAAACAAAUGGCCUACCAAAUGUCAAAAAUUGUAAUAUGGCCUGCAGAAAUGUAUCUAAAUUAUGGGGGAAAGUAGCCUAAGCCAGUAGGCUAUGCAGUCCGGUACAGAGUAUCAGCAAAACAAAUUACUAUGGAAUUAUGAUGGAUCGAACUGCACAGGUAGCCAAUUUUUUUCAAGUGAGUUUGACAAUCAGAUAAAAACAUCACCCAUGCUAUGCGAAACUGAGCCUGCGCAGACCGCGAAAAACAACAGUAAACUGAAUUUGAUGUUUACAUGCUACAGUAUCCGUCAAAGAUCAGCAUGUCCCAGCCUUCUUAUCCGGGUGUCUCAUAACCGGGAUACAAACUUUUUCGGGUUAUUGUAAUCUGGAUAGGAUGUUUAUAUGGAGCAACUCAAAAACAGAAUACUUGAGUAUCCUGAAUAAUAAGUGGAUAUUGGUGUGCAUGUAAACGUGGUCAAUGUUAGGCAUGUUGACGGUACAGCUCCGUGAACUGAUAGAAUUUUAGUUAUAAUAAUGCUAUGGUAAAUUAAGCAUUUUAUGGUUAUUCCUUGUUUUGUUCCACAGUUUGUCAUGGCUGUUAUGAUAUCAAUAUGCGCAAGUAGUUUAGAGAUGUAUAGAUGCUUGUUUGUUAUGAUAUUGUACACACUGAGUGUCAGGGAAUGUGUGUAAGAUCAUGUAUCUGAAUCCCACCACAAAUAUGACUACGAGCUCUUUGUACUUUAAUAAAUGGGCUGUAUUAACUGAU